CCUUAAAGCUUAUAAAUUUAUAGACGAUGAGAGCAGGUUUAUCAAAACGCACUUUCAUUUUAUAGACAGUAUUAUAGUCUUUUCCUCACGAUGAUCAUAGAGAAUGUGGAUGCCUUGAAGUCGUGGCUGGCAAAGCUCCUGGAGCCAAUAUGUGAUGCUGACCCCUCUGCAUUAGCCAAUUAUGUUGUAGCGCUUGUGAAGAAGGACAAACCGGAGAAGGAGCUAAAGGCACUCUGUGCCGAUCAGCUUGAUGUCUUCCUACAAAAAGAGACGACGGGAUUUGUCGAUAAACUUUUUGAAUGUCUGACAACCAAGAACUACCUAGGAAAUUCUGCCGCCAAAGAAGUUCCUAAAGAGGAGAUAAAACCACCUGCAGUCAAAUCUGACGUUGUGGAGGCUGAAACUCCAGAGGAGGAGAGAGAAAACAGGCGAAGGAGAAGUCCUCUGAGAAACCGCCCUGACUUCAACGAGUCCAGGAGCCGCGACGACAGGAGGCGAGAUGAGCGCAAACGCCGCGACUUCGAUCGGCACGGGAAAAACGCCAGUGACUCCCACCGCGAGCGGGAGCGCCACGAGCGGCGGAGGGGCAGCCCCCGCGGGAGGAGCUACAGCCGCAGCCGAAGCCGGAGUAGGAGUGGCAGCCGGGGAAAGAGCAGGGACAGGGAGCACAGAGGAGUCAGAGACUUCAAGUCAAAGUUUGAGGUAGAAAGGAAGGAUACUGACAGCUACAACUCUUUGAACACCGCCGCUUCCCAGCAGCAGCAGCACCCGUCGCCUCUCUUGCCCCUUCCCACACCCCCACACCCCUUUUCAUCUUCGUCCUCUGCUGGAGUCUCAGGAGGAGUUUCUGUAGCAACACCAGCUCACAUGCCCGAUAGCACUACAGACAGCUGGUCUGGCUACUAUAGCGCACAGAGGCAAGAUGGUGUUGGCAAGCCAUUCAGCAACAAGAACACUUCACUCAAACAGCGUUGCAGGGAUUACGAUGAAAAAGGAUUUUGCGUCCGUGGUGAUCUUUGCCCAUUUGACCACGGCAACGACCCUCUCAUCGUCGACGAUGUUAAUCUACCGAGCAUGAUUCCGUUCCCACCCCCGCCUGUUAUGGCCCCUGCUGGCCUGCCAAUGCCCCCGAUCACUGAGCCACCCCCUUCCCUCAGGAUACCUCCAAUGCCACCGUACGGCCAGCCACCACCACCGGGCGUCUUCCCCAUGACCAGACCUCCACUGAUACCAACCAGUGGAAUUGAUACCCCCAACCACCAAUCGGCUAUCGCUGCUUCUCCUCCUAUCAGACCUCCUGGUGUAGGGAUGCCGCCUACUCUUCCUCCUCCUCCACCUCCUCCCUGCUCGUCUUCAUCUGUGUCACUACGUCCCCAAUAUGUCCAGUCUGAAUAUAACUAUGAUCCAGAGGCCUAUAAUCCAGAAUCCCCAGGCCUGACGGCGGCAGGUCGUAACCAAUACCGUCAGUUCAUUCCUCGAGUGCAGACCCAGCGCCCCAACCUCAUCGGCCUCACCUCCAAUGAAGGACAAGGCUCCAGAGCUGCCAACAUAGUGAUCCAGACAGAGCCUGCCACUACAGCCAGCACUCCUGGAAGUAAUGUGUCCCGUUUCAACACGGAGCAGGACAUCAGGAAGAGAACCAUGGGAUCCAGUACAGCUGAGGGACCGGCAGCUAAAAAACCCUGGAUGGAAAAGCCAAACUUCAACAACCAACAUAAGAGCAGCUUUCCCAAGAGGAAUCACUAUGUGAACACCAAGCUCGAAGUGCGCAAGAUCCCACGUGAGCUCAACAACAUCACCAAGCUCAAUGAGCACUUCAGCAAGUUUGGAACCAUUGUCAAUAUUCAGGUGGUGUUUGGGGGAGACCCAGAGGCAGCGUUGAUCCAGUACACAAAGAAUGAAGAAGCCAGACGGGCCAUAUCCAGCACAGAGGCGGUCCUCAACAACCGCUUCAUCCGUGUGUACUGGCACCGUGAGCCCGGCACGAACCCCACAGGGCAGCAGGAACAGAGCUUGGGGAGCCAGUUGACGGGGUCAGCGCCUAAUCAGGGGCCGCAGCACAGCAAUGUGCAUAAAGGUAUCAAGCAGCACAAUCCUGCUGCUUACGUGCUGAACAAGACUAUACCCAAGCAUCGCCUGCCAGCAGUGGCUGGGACCACAGCCACAACCAAGCCGGACGGCCUCAACCCAAACACAGACCCUGUCACUGGGGCGCCUGCACUGACAAACACCCCGAAGGGCCCCUUCAAGUCGUCCUCAAAGACCCUUGGGAAAACGGGAAAAGCACUAGAAGCACAGGAAGUCCUAAAGAAGAAACAGGAGGCAUUAAAACUCCAGCAGGACAUGAGAAAGAAGAAGCAAGAGAUGUUACAGACACAGAUGGAGUAUCAGAAGGCGUUGAUAAACCAUCUCGAGAAAAACCGAGGGAUGAAACCUGCAGAAAGAGACGGCAUCAUGAAGACGCUGAAGGAGCUGACGGAGAAGAUCGCCCAGCAGCAGAAUGAAAUGAAUCCUGCCUCCCAGGUCUCUGGUGCCAAAUCCAACCACAACCAGACCAAGACCAAGACUGACGCCCAGAAGGAAUUGCUGGAUGCUGAGCUGGACUUUCACAAGAAGAUGAGCUCUGGAGAGGACACAACAGACCUAAAGAGAAAACUGGGACAGCUACAAGUGGAGGCGACACGACUAGGCCUCAUCCGGCCCCCAGUGGGUCGAGGUCGGGGCCGAGGGAAGAUGGCCCUGGAGCCUGGCGUGAUGCAUGGAGGCCGCGGCAGGGGCAGAAGCCGGGAGAUGAUGGGUCGCGGCGGGACUGUGAACCGCAUGGUUGUCGACCACAGACCCAGAGCUCUGGCUAUUCUAGGUGUCACUCAGGAGGAGAAAGAGGAGCUAAUGCCGCACUUUGUGAAAUUUGGUGAGAUCGAGGAUCUUCGCGAUCAAGACGCCAACAGUGUCAUCAUGACCUUUAAGACACGAAGCGAAGCAGAGAAUGCAGCUAAUCAGGGAGCUAAGUUCAAAGGUCGUGUGCUGCAGAUUUCCUGGUACAAGCCCAAGAUGCCCUCUGUCACAACAGAGCCAGAGGAAGAAGAGGCUAAAGAUGAGGACAAUACGAAGGAAGCUAGCUCUUAUUUGCCUGGUGAGGAGGAGGAAGAAGAGGAGGAGGAGGAUGACGAUGAAGACGACGAGUACGAGAGCCGAUCUUGGAGACGAUGAAGGCGUCGUGAUUCGUCAUCACCUGCUCUCCAGCAAAAUCAGUGGUUAUUUUUCCCGACAUGUGGACAAAAUCAAUACAGCAGAAAUCACAAUUUUUUUCCUUUUCAGUAUUUUCAAACUAAGUAAUUUUAGACUCUAAUCAAAGUAAAAACGUCUUUACUUUAGUUGUACAUCAAAAGAGGUUUAGAGGAUCUGCAUUUUUUGUAUUCCUCAACUAAACAAAAUUAUUUAAAACAUCUCACUUUUGCUGAGAAAGAUAAAUGUUAAGUUGUUCUUAUAGAUAGAAAAACCUAUGUAAGUUUCAGUGUGCUUACCAGAUGAUUAAUAUCAGUAAUGCACAACAUUUGUGUCUACUGUGAAUAGGUAUUUUUAUACAUACUGUAUUUAAGCUCUUUUUCUCACCAGUUUUUGAAAAAUCUUGUCCUCAGUGCAGGGACAACCAUUCCAUCACUAAUAGUACGUUCUCUGUUGCUACCAGAGAGAUAUUUAUUUAUUUUUCCACUGCAUAAGUACACAGUGCCGUACCGAUAUUGACACAGUAUGGUUUUGGUUUUGUUUUCCAUUCAAUCGCUCAGUUUGUUUUGGUAUGGGUAAGCCCAAAGUGGUAAAAGAUCCAAAUAUUUUUGGCAGUGGCUCUGUGUGCUGGCAUGAAUACAUGCUAGUUUGUGCAUGUUGCACCAAUAAAUCAACAGAGCCACCCCUGCCCGGCACCCAAAGGUGCUGAUACUGUACCAUAACCAUAUUAGAGCCAGUGCAGGUACAGAAGGAUACCAGUGCAAUAGAGAAACCCAAAUAAAUGUUUACAAAUUGCAGUGUCCAUGCACGUCAGAUACAGUCUUGUAGUAAAUAUUCACAUUUUCCCCGCAUUACCUUUUGUUGCUCGCUGACCAGUGCCACUCUGUAAAUAUAAACACUCAUACGAGUGUUUUACAUUUUCUAAGAGUGUGUGACAUUUUUCACUUGUUUUAAUCUGUCUCCUGGUCAUCCAAAAGGCCUGACAGGACAAGGAUCAGAUCACCCAUUUCAAAAAUGUGAGAUCCAUAGACAGGUGUUUGAAUGUAAUACGGAACAGUUGAUUUUAAUAUAUGUAUAUAUAUAUUUAUAUAUAUAUAUACACAUACAUAUAUAUACAUAUAAAUAUAUAUAUAUAUAUAUAUAUAAUUUGCCUUACACAAUCAGCAGAUGGCUGAAUUUUUACAAGAUUUGUGAUUUACUUUUGUAAAUUUUGUAAAUGCUUGAAAGAGAAAUUACUGUUGUACUUACUUUGUUUUUUGUUUUUCGAUUUUUGUUUUUGUCAUUUUUAAAUGAAUGACAAGAUUGUGUCAGGUAGAAAAGGUCACGCAAGAGUGCUUAGAGUCUCUGCUUAUUCGCAAGAACUGUGCAUUUUUGUUAAACCAGUCCAUAUUGUUAUUUCACUAAAUUUGUCAUUUCAGCAGCCCAUUUCUUUUAAGGAAACAGUCAGAGCUGCUCAAAACAAAGGCACUGGGAGUCAUGCACCUCGCAAUAUUAUUUGUGCAUUAUUGCAGCUUUGCCUGCGCCUCAUUAUUGUCAGACAGUGCAACAAACCCAUAAGCAUCUGCUUCCACAAUGCGCACCUUUCACGACAAUAAUAUUUUGUGUUUUGCCUUCUUUACAUACUGUAUACUGUAUUUUAGGAUCCUCAAGGUGGGAGGAAUGAAAUUCAUUAAAGGUCAUUUGGAAAUGUACUACAUGCAAAAUGACACAUUUUUGACAUUUAAAAUGUGUUUAUUUAUUCCUGCCCUGAAACAAAUAACUAUGUUUACUUGCACUCUAAUGAAUUUUAGAUGUUUGAACAUCAUUAUUCAACUAAACUGAUUACAUCCAGUAAAAUAACUAGUCUGAAUAACACCAAAACAAAGGAGACACAUGAACUUAAUAGUUAAUUGUAGCAGUCUCACUAUUGUAAAUAUACAUCUACUCACUAUACUUACAUCUGUCUGCAUGUAAAUAUAGUGAGUAACAAUGAAAUGAGGAAAAAUGCUUGCAAAAGUGUGACAGAAUUUGUCUUAUUUGUUCCUUAGAGUAGUCUGGCACCACAUGUGAAAGGGUGCAGAAACCUUACCGUGAUUUCCUCCCACCUACAAUGUUCGUUGCGCUUUUGUUUGGAUUGCAUAUCUCACUGUCGACUGAUAACUCAGAAGCCUCCUGCCAGUGACCUCAUUGUCCCAUCCAAACCUUUACAUUCAUGCUUUUGUCUCCACCAUCACUGUGCCAGUCACAGUGAGGUUCAGGUGUGCAUGUGGAAAGAUGAAGCUUCUCCUUUUGGCACCUUGUACUUUAAUAUGAUUUUUUUUAAUGAGGUCACUGGCAGUUUGAAAGGACAAACCUAUACUGGCAGGGUUCUUGCUUGUUUAAAUUGAGGAUUCAGAGAAGGUCUCUCUCCCACUUUUUGUACUUGUACUUGUAACUUCUGUAUGCUACUAUCACACAAUAGUGUAAAAAAAAUGUAAAAUGUUUAUUGGAUAAUAGUUUUGGAUUUGUUACUGUUUAUAUUUGCAGGAUGUGGAUGUAUUUUCUUCAUGUAUUAUGUUUGUAAAAAAUGGAUUUCUAAUUUACUAGCAUGUUUGCUUUUGCCAAUAAAGAUGGAGGAAUGGGGUGCUUGUAAGACAAUGAAAGAAAAAAGAAAAAAAAAUACAAGAAGAAAAAAUAUAUUUUAAUUGGAGAGAAAAAAGAGUUUUGAGUUAAAGAAAGAAAAUUGACCAAAAGAAGUCAACAUUGGCAAGGGGAAAAAAUGCAAGCAAAAGCAUUCCAGAAAAUAUUA